UAUACGCGCGCGCGCAGUUGCAUGGCCAAAGGUAGCCUCGGCGGCUGCACAUACUUUAGUAACAUAAUAAAAAAAAAAAGAAGAAAAAAAGAAAGAAAAAAAACCCAUUUGCCGAGAGUUUUCGAUCGUGUGGUGCAGUUGUAUGAUAGUAUAACACGCACAGUCUUUUUGCAAAGUGCGCGAAUGCGCUUGACGUUGCUGUUGUUGUUGUUGUUUUGACAGUUUGUCGUCUGUUUGUUGUUGUUGUUGUUGUUGUGUUUUGGUCCAAUCAUCGUAUUACAUCACGAUUGGCCAAAAAUAUAAUAAUAUUUCAAUAUCGGCAUGUCGUCGACGUCGACGGGGGGAGAGCACUUCUCCCUCGUGUGGAAUACGUUCCCGCGCAACCUGUCCGCCGGGCUCUACAGCCUACUGACAAACGAGCACUUGGUCGACGUGACUCUUGCAGCGGAGGGCCAGAUCCUCAGGGCUCACAAAAUCGUCCUCUCGGUCUGCUCCACAUACUUCCGUGAUCUUUUCAAGGGUAACACGUGCGAGCAUCCGAUCGUCAUCCUCAAGGAUAUCAACUAUCGGGACCUGUCCGCGAUGCUGCACUUUAUGUAUCAAGGCGAAGUCAACAUCAAGCAGGAAGACAUUGACAGCUUUUUAAAGGUCGCGGAGAUUCUCAAAAUCAAGGGCCUCACCAGGACUAACGACGACGACGACGAAGCGGACAAAGAAUUGGUCGACGCUCUGCCACUGGUACAUCACGAUCGCCCAAAUGCAGGCAACGUUUCAGCACCAGGUCGAUCGGCAUCGACGCCCGAGUCAUUUAGCGAGCCAGCCAAGAACUGGAACUCUUCCUGUCACUGCAGAAACCGAACACCAAAGGAGGAAGGAUGUAGCAAGACAUUCCGCGAAUCGGUCGAUCCAUUAUCAUCCGACAGUCAUUUGAUACACACCGAAAGUGGUAGAGAAAUGUUAAAUCUCAAUGUGGACGAUGAACCGCUCGAUUGCUCCGCGAGCAUCGAAGACAAGCCUCACAAGGCUUCGAUGGAAUAUCCAGAGUACAAGCCAGAUUUAGGCCUCAUCGGUUCUGAAAUCCGACAUUUGACUCCGGAAGUCGAGUGCAUUCAGAGGCCGAUGUCAGCUGUGAUGCCGCACAUAGAACAGGAAAACGUAGACGCCAUGCUCAAUACGCAAAUGAUGGGUUACAGCAACCCGCACUGCCAGAACGAUCCAGUUGGUUUUCACGACACCGGGACAACUUGCCCGAGCGACUACCUUCCCGACCCGUCGACGAGCUGCAGCAGCAACACCACGAGCAAGGGUCGCCGGACCGUGAAGGGUCUGCCGGGCAGCAGUCUUUCCCUCGAAACGACUCUGCGAGUCAUAUCCGAGCUGGGCCCCACAAUCCGUAUGGAGCGCGGAAAAGUGAUACGCAUGUACUCGUGUCCCUGGUGUCUGCGCCACUUUACGCGUAAGGAAAACCUCAAGCUCCACGUACGCUACAUACACGGGCCGCUCGAGAGCCUCACGUGCAAGCUCUGUGGCAACAAAUACAAAAACAGUAACAGUCUUCGCGUUCACUCGUACCUCUACCACAACGCUCAGAGAAAUAACAAGUCGUCGUCGUCGACGACCGGCAAUAAACCCUCAAUUGUUGGCGGAAAUGCCUGAUCGCGACUUAUUGCUCUAUGAAAUUCUAUUUCUUCGAUCUUCCCGUCUUAUUUAUAUUAUUACUCUAUUUUUUUCUUUUUUUCUUUGCCUAAGUCGUUGUUAUUAUUGUUAUUUUUUUAUUUUAAUUUUUUUUUGUUUCGUUAUUCGGCUUUUACGCAGCAUAAAAUACGCAUGAUAUUACGCUUCGUAUGCAACGAAAGAGAAAAUUCUAUGUCUGAAAAGUCGAAAGUAUAAGGGGAGCGCUAACUAGAUUCGUUUUAUAUACGCUUUGUUGUUGAUGAAAUCGUCGAGCCUACGAGAGCCUUUUUAAAUAUAAUGUAAGAGAAACUCGACGGCUUUGAGGGCACGCGCACAAAGGAUGCGACAAUAAUUUUCAAGUUGCGUGCAUCCCGGCGGAAAAAAUGUAAGGAAACGCGUGAGGCUAAAGAGACAUGGCUAUAUGUGUGUAAGGGAACACCACACGUGUAUGUGUGCAUGUGCCGUAGAAAAGGAGGACUGAGAGGAGAAGGAAGAGAAAAAACGGAGAAUGAGGUGAACGGAAGUAGCCGAUGUUUAAAAUGCAGCGUAGAAAGAAGAUCGGACGGACACGAGGCGUAACGUCGAAUUACCGAGCCACCUGUUCCUUCCCCGGAACAACUUUAUUCUCGCGUAAUUUGAAUGUCGGACCCAUUAUUUUCGAUCGCUCGCACAAGCUCGAUGCGGCCAGUCCGAGUGUACCUAAUUUCGUUAAAUUUUGCCUUUGGCAAAGAGCAAAGGUUAACUUUACAUCCCUCGUGACGUUAUUAAUCAUUAUAAUAUAUAUAUGCAUAUGCUACACGUAAUUUUACCUAUUGACAUAAUAAUUUAUUGGAUUGUCAUUGUUUUCUCGUGCUAACGUGGUCUUACUAUAAUACGUUUAUUUACAAAAUUGAUAAAUAUGCCGUUCAAACAAUACCAUUUAAAUAAUCAUUCAUAAAUGUAACGACGAUAUUAACCCUUUCUUGCAUUGCGCAGAAUAAACGACGGUCGAUUUUGUCCACAUUCACAGUCUAGUCGAUUUCGUAUUACUCUUAGUAACUUAUUUACAAAUAGAUAAAAACUUUUUUUUUUAUAUAUAUAUAUUUAUACCGAUGUAUAAA